AUGAGUUCUUUCCAGUGCGCACCGAGGUCGUGCGUUCCUCUCUCCCUUGCUGGCAGUACAUGGAGGUACCUACAGGCGUCCGCGUCAUCUGCUGCGACACGUGCUACGUUUGGGCUUCAGCUGUCGCGACUGCUGUCCGGUUGUCUGUUAGCAGAUGGAGACUGGGCCUUUCAGCAGUCAGAAACGCGAGCCACCUCUUCUCUGAGUGCAAAGGAGCCGGACUCAUCUCAAAAGACGUGGAAAGAAACCUCGCGCACGUCGUGGAUAACUGCGACGUUUGCCAUUCAGCAAGCAGUUGAUAGCUGGACAGACCGGACGGCAUCGAACUUGACGCUCCUACCUGCUGCAAACUUGCUCAUCUUGACACGAAACAACUACCCGACGCCCACGACCUCGUCCGAGACUGUCACUGAUGAUACAAUACCCAGCAGGAUGCCGGAUACAAAUCCGCCAGUUGUCGCCUACACUCCAGCUACGACCGAAGCGAACCCACCACUUGUCGCCGACACGCCAGCUACGACCGCUCGUUUGAUCCCCGUGCCUCGGACUUUGACGCAGCAAUGGCGUCUGAAAUCGAGGAAGAGACGGACGAAAGUUAUACCUCAGUGCUGUGGCAACUUUUAG